CUUGGGCUAGUGGAAGAAGGGGGAUCCAGAGAAAAAGCAGCCCUACAGCUAUAACAGAGGGCAGAGGUUAAAUCUGUUGGCAUUUUUAUCGCAACUAUGGUCACUGCAUACCCUCUCCCUGAAGGCUUCACUGAAUUAGAGGUGUUUGCCAUCGGCACUGCCCUGCUGGUAGAAGCCCUGCUUGGUUUCUGUCUGAAUGGCUUGACAAUUAUGUCUUUCCGAAAAAUCAAAGAACUCCGAACACCCAGCAACCUGCUUGUUCUCAGCAUCGCGCUGGCCGACUGUGGGAUCUGCAUCAACGCAUUCAUUGCUGCCUUUUCCAGCUUCCUAAGAUACUGGCCCUAUGGCUCUGAUGGCUGUCAAAUCCAUGGAUUCCAGGGCUUCUUGACAGCACUAGCCAGCAUUAGCUCCAGUGCUGCGGUUGCCUGGGACCGGUAUCAUCACUACUGUACAAGGAGCAAGCUGCAGUGGAGCUCGGCCAUCUCCAUGAUGGUGUUCGCGUGGCUGUUUGCUGCCUUUUGGUCUGUGAUGCCGUUGCUGGGGUGGGGGGAAUACGACUACGAACCCCUCCGAACCUGCUGCACCCUGGACUACAGCAAAGGGGACAGAAACUAUAUCACGUUCCUUUUUGCUCUGUCCAUUUUCAAUUUCAUGAUCCCGGGCUUCAUCAUGCUGACGGCCUAUCAGUCCAUAUACCAGAAAUUCAAGAAAAGUGGGCACUAUAAGUUUAAUACUGGUUUACCAUUGAAGACGCUGGUCAUUUGCUGGGGUCCCUAUUGCCUUUUAUGCUUCUACGCAGCAGUUGAAAAUGUGAUGUUCAUUUCACCAAAAUACCGCAUGAUUCCUGCCGUUAUUGCCAAGACUGUGCCAACGGUGGAUGCCUUUGUAUAUGCCCUGGGGAAUGAGAACUACAGAGGAGGAAUAUGGCAGUUCCUCACAGGACAGAAGAUUGAGAAAGCAGAGGUUGAUAACAAAACUAAAUAACCCAUUACAGCAUUAAGCUAAACUAAUGCACCAAAAGCAAAACGGUAGAGGAAACUGUGUGCAUUCUCUGAUAUGUAUGUGCAAAGGUGGUUCCACAUUGGAAAGUCCGUGCAUUGGCUACAAGCAAUGAAGUUCUGAAAGAAAGCCCUCCAUAUAACUGUCCAAACCAUCAUGAGCUGCUUGUCAAACAA